GGCAGCUUGGCCAGCACUUAUAAAACACUUUGACCCUCCAUCCCACAGUCAGGUCUGCGGCUGUGCGCCAAACAACGACACUAUUGUACAAACCAGAAUUUAGAGGCUGCUGCUGCCGAGACCCACUGCAACCACCGGACCUCCUGCUCCACAGAGAGUGAGUUUCAUACAAACUUCAAAAAUACUGAUCUGGUUGAUUUGUGUGAUUUGUUUGGGAGUCUUUCUCACAAGAGCUGAAGUCUGUGUCUCCUGAAGGAACAAGUCCACGUUUUGCGGUACAAUAUUAACUUUAAGUCGGCCUUUAAGGACAUAAAUAUUCGAGGGUUUGCAUUCGUGCCUUCUGAGAGCAGAGCAGAGUGGGACGGACUUGGAUGUCAGUCAGGGGCUUCCGAAACGGCCGUGAACAUCCAAAAGCUCAGCAGCAAAUAAAGCAAGAUGAAUAAGAAACUAUGUGGGACCAAUUACCCAGCCAGCAUCUGCUUCAUAGUGGUGAAUGAGUUCUGUGAACGCUUCUCCUACUAUGGCAUGAAAGCGGUGCUGACGCUCUACUUCCUCACCUACCUGCACUGGGACAAGAAUCUCUCCACUGCUGUCUACCAUGCCUUCAGUAGCCUCUGCUACUUCACACCCAUAAUGGGAGCUCUCAUUGCUGAUUCCUGGCUCGGAAAGUUCAAGACCAUCAUCUACCUGUCCAUUGUGUAUGUGAUAGGCCAUGUGGUCAAGUCAGUUGGAGCCAUUCCCACUGUGGGAAACAGCGAUGUCCACAUCGCUUUGUCCAUGCUAGGCCUGAUACUCAUUGCCUUCGGCACAGGAGGAAUCAAACCCUGCGUGGCAGCAUUUGGAGGAGACCAGUUUGACGAGGAGAAUAUUAGCGAGAGGCAGAAAUUCUUCUCUAUUUUCUACAUGUCAAUCAACGCUGGGAGCCUCUUGUCGACUGUGAUUACACCCGUACUGAGAGGGGAUGUGCAGUGUUUUGGUGGUGACUGCUAUGCUCUGGCCUUUGGGGUUCCUGCAGCUCUAAUGGUUGUGGCUUUAGUUGUGUUCAUUGCUGGCAGCGGAUUGUACAAGAGGAAUCCUUCCCAGGGAAACAUCCUAUUGGAAGUCUGCAAUUGCAUCGGGUUUGCCAUCAAAAACCGCUGGAAUAUCGAGUAUGACCCUCAGAGGAAGCACUGGUUGGACUGGGCAGAGGAGAACUAUUCGAAGCGUCUGAUCCAGGAGAUUAAGAUGGUGCUGAGGGUUUUGGUGCUCUACAUCCCACUGCCAAUGUUCUGGGCUCUGUUUGAUCAGCAGGGUUCCCGUUGGACACUUCAAGCAACAAGGAUGAACAUGGCUUUUGGAGAUUCCUUCGUUAUUAAGCCUGACCAAAUGCAGAUGUUGAACGCUCUGCUGAUUCUUCUCUUUGUGCCCAUCUUUGACCUCAUCAUAUAUCCGCUUGUUAGCCUUUGCAGAAUCAACGUCACACCUCUAAGGAAAAUGGCCACAGGGAUGAUUUUUGCAGCGCUGGCCUUCGGAGCGGCCACACUGGUGGAGGUGAAUGUUGUGAAAACGGUGGUGGAUCCUGCGCCUGAGGGGACGUGUCUCCUGCAGGUCUUUAACCUGGCAGAAGGUAAUGUCAGUCUGAAGAUCCACGGCAGCAACCCCUUCACAGAGCCAAUCCAAUACCUUCAGGACCCUCCUAAAUAUGAAAUGCUUCCGCUGGAGACGUCUGACAAGGGAAUUAAGAUUGAGGUCACCCUCAAUGGAAAAACCUCAGAGUGUAAUCACACGUUUGACCAACAGAAGGCCUACAGUCUCAUCUUAUUCUCCGAAACUACUGGAAUCCAGUGUAAACUUGUGGAUGACCAUAUAAAGAAAAAUGAAGGUGGAAAUCCUCUUCUGAGGUUCCUAAACACACAGCCAGAGGAAUUAAACCUAACUGUUGGAGAUGAGACUUUCCACGUUUCCUCUGAUUACAGCAUGUCUCCUAACAAGACUGUGGAUCGAGGAGAAUACCGAGAUGUCAGCUGCAGCUCACAGUCAGAGAAGUGCUCUAAUCUUGACCUGGGCCUGCUGGACUUUGGAGCUUCCUACACUUUCAUACUCGUGGAGGAAUCAGGUAAAAUUGUGCCCCACAAGAUGGAGGACGUAAAAGCCAACAACGUGCACAUUGCCUGGCAGAUCCCCCAGUACGUCUUCCUAACUGUAGGAGAGGUCAUGUUCUCCAUCACAGGCCUGGAGUUCUCCUACUCACAGGCUCCAGUCACCAUGAAGUCAGUCCUGCAGGCCGGCUGGCUGCUCACUGUCGCAUUUGGGAAUGUGAUAGUGCUUAUUGUGGCAGAGGGUGCAGGACUGGAACAGUGGAUUGAGUUCCUGCUGUUUGCCUGCCUGCUGUUGGGCGUCUGCGUCAUCUUUUCUAUCAUGGCCUACUUCUACACGUACGUUGACCCUGAUCAGCUGGACAAGAUUUACCCGGAGGAUGCCCAGAAGGAGGAAGAUUACGACCAUGGCGACAAGAAGAAAAAAACUGAUGACAUACAACUGAACCAAACGGGAAAGAGCACCAAUUUGUAACUGCACCACUUUACACCAUCAAAAUAUUAACAGUCUAAAUAAUCAGGAUCCUCUAUUUCCUCAUUACUCAGAUUAGGAUCAGAGUCUUGAGGAUUUUCUGGACUAAGGGCUAGAAAAGUACAUGGCCUUGAACUGUAAAAUGUUUUCUAUUCUAAAACAGAAAAGAAAAUCUUAAUUACAAACCAGGUAAUGUUCUAAUGUUAGUAAUACUGGUAGUAUUACUAACAUUAGUAGUAUUUCCACAUAUUUACUUAACUAAAUCAAAUAUAUAAUGAAACAUUAAAUAUUGUAAAUUGCUAAUAUGUUAGCAUCACUUUCUUUACCACUACGACAAUUGAACUGUGUGGUUGAGCAUGAUUUUAGACAGUAAAAGAUCAUACUUGUGAACUUAUUUCAACGUGUAUAUAAUGGAAUAACAUAUCAUAUUAACAACAAUGAAUGAGACAGACAUUUUGUUUUUUCUUUUCUUUGUUGAUUUAGCUUCACUACCUUUACCUUAAAUGAAAAUCAACCUGUUUGAUAGAGCAUGUUUUUAACAAAUGAGUUGACCCUUACUACACAAGGCCUCAAAAAUCAUGUUGAAAAAAUAUGCCCAAUUUUUCUCAUGUCUGGAGUGACUUUUUUGUUACUAACUUCUAAUAAGGAGGCUUACCAAAAAGGCAUACUAUUUAAAGACAGAUUUUAGCAUAACAUACCUAAAGCGUUUUUCAUUACAACAGAGUGACUCAAAAUGUGCUCUACCAAACCGUUCGAGCAGAACAUUAAAAGGGUUAUGGUACUUUUGUGAUAAUGAAGCAGUGUGAAGUGAUCAAUGGAUCUUCUGGUUAGAAGUACAGGAUUUGUUUGUCACAUCAUUCAAUAUAGUGUUUGAAAUGUUUCUUAACACCCCAGUCAAUUCAACAUUUUUAACCUGACUGAAUACAUGAUCGUGUUUAAAAGAUGCUGAAUACUGUGAUAUACCACACCACGAUCAACACUCUUAUUAUAAAUGAAUGUCGACCAUUAUAUGCUGUAUAUAUUUGUUGCAUAAAUAUUACAUUGAUAUUAAGUCCAUAUCAAUGUAAUAUUUUCUAUGAUGCUACAUAAUAACCGUAACCUGUACUGGUUUUGACAGAACACAUUGAAGAAAUUGUUUACAUGGUUUGCCUUUACCAAUGAUAUUAAAGGACCAUGGUUAUUGGUGGUUUUGUAUCUUAUAGGUCAUUCAUUUAAAAUUCAGUAGAGAACAGUACAAUUAACCCAUUUUUAAAGCAUUGCAAAUGUUUAAGUUUAAUACAACACAAUGAAACAUUUGUAGCCUUUAUUUUUUGUGAGCUGCCUUAUUAUUGAUCGGUCUAAAAACUCAGCUUGAUGACAUUUAGGAGCAGACGUUGAUAUUUCUGUGUAGGAAACCAAAUGAAUUUUCUUUUCCUGAAGUUUUCUUAUUGUCCAUCUUCUGGGUUUGAUUUUCCACAAAAAGCAAAGCUGAUCAAUGCCACAUCAUCAAGGAAAUCCUACUUGCAUUACCACACAACAAUCAAGAAAUAGUCAGAUCUGUAGUUUAUGUGCUAAAACAUGCAACACCAACAGUGUGGUCCUUUAACUUCAUAAAAUACUUUAAUUUAUUUUGUAGUCAGGGAAUGUGUAAAUGCUGCUCCCUAUAAACUGUAAACAGUUGUUUUUGUGCCAUUUAUUUUUGAGCUGUCAAUUUUGAAGAAGAUGAAAAUGUGCAUUGCUAUCAAUUUUAAUAAGAAAAUAAUUUUGUACUAAAAUGUUGAAAUUGUAAAAUCAUUUUAAAACAAUGAAUAUCUACGUUCACUCUCUAGAAUGCAAUUUAGUAAAAAAAAAUGUUAGUAGACAGUUUACAUUUAUUAUUCUUAUACAUGUGCAACCUUCCUUUCUCCCGCAGCUGUGAGACCUGCGGCGGCAGACUGUAUUCAAACAGACCCAUGUCAUUGAGUGCUCCUUAACAGCUUCAAUCAAUCAUUAAACCAUUACGAUCAGC